CCUGUGUGUUUCUCUCUCAGCGCCACAGAGGAAUUUUGAGAUCGCCUUCAAGAUGUUUGACCUGAACGGAGACGGAGAGGUGGACCUGGAGGAGUUUGAACAGGUCCAGAGUAUCAUCAGGUCUCAGACCAGUAUGGGAUGCGUCAUCGAGACCGGUCCACUACGGGUAACACCCUGAAGACUGGCGGCUGCAGCUCCGCUCUCACCACAUACUUCUUCGGCGCCGACCUGAAGGGCAAACUGACCAUCGGCCACUUCCUGGAGUUCCAGAGAGAGCUACAACAUGAUGUCCUUAAACUAGAGUUUAUGCGUAACGACCCUGUGGAUGGGUGUAUAACAGAGAGACAGUUUGGAGGCAUGCUGCUGUCCUACAGCGGAGUCCAGUCACGUAAACUCAAACAGAUGCAGAAGGGACUCAAGAAGAUGUUCAAAGAUGCUCAGGUACAGAGACAGACUGACGGGUAA